AUUAGUCUAAUAUGGUGUGAAAAUGUUUUGUGAGGUCAUAUAAGUGCCCGGUGUCUGGCGCUGGAGGGCAUGGAUCAUUUCCCGACUCUGGAAAUUGAGUCAGAGUCAAACUGUGUCCUGCCCUGGCUUAUUACUGGCUGAGAGGAUCGCCCAUCCCAGCAGCAUAAUUCCAUCUGGGCUAAAUAUUUAUACAGAGGGGGAACGACAUCACUUAUCCACAACACAUUCAUUCACAUAAGGGAGAGCUACUUCUAGAGUGGAGUUAGAGUGAUCUGCUCUGUUUGGAACAUCACUUCUUCUUGCUGAUAUUUGCUUAGACAAGCUUUCAGAAAAAGGUUUUGUACUAACUAGAGCAGCACAAUGGGUUUUUUCAUCUAUGUUUUGGGUGUGAUUCUCAAUUUGUAUCAGAUUGGGAAGAAUCCUGCCAGUGCUGGGAUGUGCUGGCUGCAGCAGAGUCAAGACCAAAGGUGCGACAUGGUGCUGAUGAGAGGGGUGACCAAAGAGGAGUGCUGUGCCGGGGGACGCCUGGACACAGCGUGGUCCAACACCAGCCUGCCCAUGAAUGAGGUCAGCCUGCUGGGCUUCCUGGGAAUUGUGUCCUGUAAACCAUGCAAAGAGACAUGCGAGGGAGUCAAAUGCAGUCCCGGGAAGGUUUGCAAAAUGAAGACAGGAAGGCCCCAGUGUGUGUGCUCUCCAGACUGCUCUAACAUUUCCCGGAAGCAUCCUGUGUGCGGCAGUGAUGGGAGGUCAUACAAAGAUGAGUGCACUCUGCUGAUGGCCCGCUGCAUGGGACACCCCGACUUGGAGGUCAUGUAUCAAGGAGACUGCAAAAAAUCAUGCUCCAACGUGGUGUGUCCAGGUACUCACACCUGUGUGACUGAUCAGACCAACAGCGCUCACUGUGUCAUGUGCCGCACAACUCCUUGCCCAAUCCCCAUGCCAUCUGAGCAGGCAAUCUGUGGCAAUGACAACAUCACUUACCCCAGCGCCUGCCACCUCCGCCGGGCCACCUGCUUCCUUGGCCGCUCCAUAGGAGUCCGCCACUACGGCCACUGCAACAACCCCCCUCGGAAAUCCCAAGACUUGGACGGCAGUGAGGAAAACGCAGUUUAAACCUGACACAGCCCCUUUUUCGAAGAGAUGAUGAGUUUGUCGACAAACAUUUCCAAGUGUCACACCACAAGCUUCCCAUGAUGACCUCUAUUUUUUUUUUUUUGACAAUCACUCCCCCUUCCCUUUGUACACAGAAUAUGUUUUUGAUAUGAAAGACCUCUGCAACUGCCUCAAAAAGAACUACAAAAACCUGUGAGCAAUUUGUGUUAAUCUUGUUAAUUUGGGAAAAAAAAAUAGAGGCAGGUGAAGGAGGAGAUAAAAAUAUCUCAUGAGCUCUUUGGGAGAUGUGUGCAUAUUGUAAAUAGAAUACCACAACUAUUUAUUGGAGACGGUAUCAAACUCUAUUUAUGUUUUUAUCCUAGUAACAAAUCCAUAUAUCCUUGGGAAAGCUGAUGCAAAAAAAAAAAUGUAUUUAUUGUGUUUUGUUUAUUGUGUAUGUACAAUAGUGGUCACUGGCAUUGGCAUUUUUACAGUUUUUACAGUCACCAUUCCCCACAAACAAACUUAUAACCGGAUGGAAAGCAAUGCUAAUUUGUUUGGAAAGUUGAUACCACUUCAUAGCCUGCCAGUGUGGUUUCAUUCCACCACGAACAAUGACAACUACAGUUGUACUGUAUGUUCUUUAGCUUUUGUCUGGAGGUGAGGAAGGAGUUCAGCCUAAACAAACCUGUAUAGUCUCUCUCCCCCCACCACACACACAUGUUUACUCUGGACCCUGAUCCAAACUCUCGGCCGCCUGCUGAUCACUAAAAUUAACAGUUUGGUUGUGUUUGUAGGAGUCUCAGAAGACCGUUGGUACAACCCCAAACACUCUACAAUACCUCCUCUGUUGAGGUCUUGGCUUUGUUUUCUAAAUGCAUUUUUGUAGGUCGUGCUUGUUUAUUCCGUUGCUGUUUUGAUGCUUUGAUUUGAUUUUUUAUUUUUUUUAUUUUACUUACUGGACAGAGUAAGUAAUUAGCAUCGUCCACUUGAAAAGAACAUUGUCUGAGAAUGAACCGCAAUUUAGGCCAUCUGAACAUGCUUGAUUAUUCCAGCCAUCAGAGAUGAGUCAGUCAUUGUUAAACCGGAGAGACAAACCUUUCAAAUCAUAGCAGAUGUCUGAAAUAUUUUUAAUAAUACUUUCAGUGUAUCGUGAAACAUUUCAACCACUCUCUUGUAAAUAACAAGUCUCAUGUGUACCUACCUGUGUACCUACUGUGAAAUUUGAAUGAUGAAUGCAUCAACAUAUUUUUGUAUUUUUGUACUGCCAUUUCAAAACAACAUAAAGUUUAAUAUUUGUCACAAA